AAUAGUUCAACGUAACACCAUGGCAAUGUGCGUUUGACAGAAGCGCUGCCUGUACGGUGUCAUACGGUUUAAACAUUCUUUCGCCAUUGAAAACGCAUCCGUUCAUUGAUUGAUAUGGCUGAUACACAAUCUGCUCCCGCAGCUCCAGCUGCCGUUACAAAAAAGGCUGGAAAAGCUGAAAAGCCAGCAGCUCCAGCAGCCGCUGAGCGUACACAACCAGUUUCGACCAGACGUCCACCAGCUCGUGGCCGUUUGUAUGCUAAAGCUGUCUUCACAGGCUACAAACGUGGCUUGAGAAAUCAACACGAAGGACAAGCUAUCUUGAAGAUCGAUGGUUGCCGCAAGAAGGAACAUGGUAACUUCUACGUUGGUAAACGAUGCGUGUAUGUGUUCAAAGCCAAAACACGCAAAUCAUUGCCACAAAAACCAUACAUCAAAUCACGAGUACGCGCCAUUUGGGGCAAAGUCACCCGAUUGCACGGUAGCACUGGCAGCGUACGUGCCCGAUUCCGCAAGAAUUUGCCAGGUCACGCCAUGGGACAACCAAUCCGUGUUUUGCUCUACCCAUCAAGAAUUUAAGCGAACAUCCCACAUUUAUUGAAUUACAAUGAAAAGCAGCCGUAAAAGGAUUUUGUUUCUUUGAAAAGAAACACUUAAAUUCUAUGCGGAAUGUUGUGUUAUCAAUAAAAGUAACAACAUUUGAGUAAAAAAAAAAA